UGAACCUCAGGAGAGCAUCCCGUAAUCUCCAUCUUGUCCACAACCUUCUCCUCCCCUUUCGCUUGGAGCUUCUUUUCUUCCUUCUCCGCUCGCUAUCUUCUCCGUCUUGUCGUUCACUUCAGUCAAUUCCUUGGGUUUUGUCUGUCCACUUCUCCGUUUCCUUUCGUUCGUUCCCCUAAUUCGCCCACCAUGUCGUCGGCCCUCAACGCGCUCCGUCGCAAGAAAAAUGUCAAGAAGGGUAUCCAAUUCUGUCUGAUGGUCUGUGGUGCCAGCGGAACUGGACGUACCACCUUCGUCAACACCCUCUGCGGAAAGCAGGUCCUUGAAGGAAAGGAUGCCGACGAUGCGGCCAAUGCUCACAUUGAGGAAGGUGUUCGCAUCAAGCCCGUGACGGUCGAGCUCGAAUUGGACGACGAGGGCACCCGGAUCUCCCUCACCAUCGUUGAUACCCCCGGUUUCGGUGACCAGAUCGAUAACGAAGCAAGCUUUGGGGAGAUUGUGGGAUACCUCGAGCGCCAAUAUGACGAUAUCUUGGCCGAAGAAUCGCGAAUCAAGCGUAACCCUCGCUUCCGGGACAAUCGUGUCCACGUCCUCCUCUACUUCAUCACACCCACCGGCCAUGGCCUGCGGGAGCUCGAUAUCGAACUGAUGAAGCGCCUCUCGCCCCGUGUCAAUGUCAUCCCCGUCAUCGGCAAGGCCGACUCCCUCACCCCCGCCGAACUGGCCGAGUCGAAGAAGCUGAUCAUGGAGGACAUCGAGCACUACCGCAUCCCCGUCUACAACUUCCCCUACGAUAUCGAGGAGGACGACGAGGAUACGGUGGAGGAGAAUGCGGAGCUGCGUGGGCUGAUGCCCUUCGCCAUCGUGGGCUCGGAUGAUUUCGUGGAGAUCGAUGGCCGCAAAGUACGAGCCAGACAGUACCCCUGGGGUGUGGUGGAGGUGGAAAACCCUCGGCACUCCGACUUCCUGGCCAUCCGCAGCGCCCUGCUCCACAGCCAUCUGGCCGAUCUGAAGGAGAUCACCCACGAUUUCCUCUACGAAAACUACCGUACUGAGAAGCUCAGCAAGAGCGUGGACGGAACCUCUUCUCGGACCCAGGAUUCGUCGAUGAACCCCGAGGACCUCGCCUCGCAGUCCGUCCGGUUGAAGGAGGAGCAGCUCCGUCGUGAAGAGGAGAAGCUCCGUGAGAUCGAGCUCAAGGUGCAGCGUGAGAUUGCCGAGAAACGCCAGGAACUGCUGGCUCGUGAGAGCCAACUGAGGGAGAUUGAGGCUCGCAUGACGCGCGAAUCGAGCGGUCAAGUCGAUGGCGCGAAUGGAGAUGCUUAAAAUAAUUAUACCUGGUCGAACCACCCCCUUCCCGGUCGCACCGGGGUCGUUGGCGUGAGCGUGUUGACACCAUUCGCGGAAUGGGAUUGGUGACACGGUCACAGCGGUCUGUGGGGAUAAUAUUGACUGUUUAUUCACGUUAAUAGCUUUUUUUUUUUUUUUUCGCGUGGAAGGGAAGGAAGGCAAAAUGCAACAUUCCGUUUAUUUCGAUGACUGGCACCUGCGUCUCGUGUUGCGUACGGGGUCGCAAUUCCGACCUACCGGUAUCGUGGAAUCAACCGGGCUGCCCGCUUUCCACCUUUUUCUCUUUCUGUGCCUCCAUAUUCGUUCGCAUAUCUUCGAUUCGAUUCGGCUGCAGAUUUUCCUCCCUCUUCUCCCGGAAGACCGUUUACCGGGGCCGGGGUAAGAGAAUAGCGUCUUUUUAAUCCCGGACAGUUGUCAUUGCGGAAUCUCUGCAUAACUUCGUGCUCUAUACUUUUUUCGCUUUUUUUUUUUUCGUUUUAUUCGACCAUUCACCUGUUCUGUAUCGAUGACACCUUUCCCAAUCUCAGCAGCGCCCGCAAGAUUCCCUCUUUUGUCAUUUUCGAGUUUGUUGUCCUCUCGUGGCUUUGGCUUUGUUACUGCGUCCCCUUUGCACUGUUUCCUCAAUCAUUCUAUAUGUUAUAUGUUCUAGUUGAAUAGUAGUAUAUCGGAUGAAAA